GGUCCAGAGCCCGGGUGAGUGUAUGCCCAAGUUCCCCCACCCCCUCCUACGGAAAGGGCAGCCCUGCCCUGGCCCGGCCACAUCCCAAAAUACCCGCCGACCCUGGCAACAGCCUGCAUUCCACUGGACCAGCUGCCCUGCUCCGGAGGCGGGGUGGGGGGGGGGUGGUUCUGGGAGCAGCUGCCCCCUACGACCCAGGGGCCCAGGCAGGAGGUGGAGGGCAUGGGGGCAUCAAGCCUUCCCUGGCCAGCAACCCUCCUCUCUCUGCCCACAGGAAACAUGCUCCUUUGCCUGUCCCCCGCUUGGCUGACAAAGGUGCCAGCCCCAGGGCAGCCGGGUGAGGCAGCCCUGCUGGUCUCCAAGGCCGUGAGCUUCCACCCGGGGGGCCUGACAUUCCUGGAUGACUUUGUCCCCCCUCGUCGGGCCACCUACUUCCUGGCCGGCCUGGGGCUGGGGCCUGGCUGGGGUCGAGAGGCAGCUGAGCUCGCCCGCGACCUGACCUGCCCCACCGGAGCCUCAGCCGAGCUGGCCCGGCUGCUAGAGGACCGGCUGCUGACGAGGCGGCUGCUGGCUCAGCAGGGCGACGUGGCUGUGCCAGCUACCCUGGCUUUCACCUACAAGCCACCAGCACUGCUGCGGGGAGGGGAUGCCAGCCCGGGACUACGGCUGGUGGAGCUGAAUGGCAAAGAGGGCCAGGAGACACUGGUGAAGGAGGAAGUGGGGGCCUUUCUGCAUUCCGAGGCCCUGGGUGAUGCCCUGCAGGUGGCCGUGAAGCUCAGUGGCUGGCGCUGGAGAGGGAGGCAGGCCUUGCGUCUGUAUCCACGAGCUGAGCAGGGCCCAGUGGUGGACACAGUGCUGGCGUUGCUGGAGAAACUGGAAGAGGAGGAGAGUGUCCUGGUGGAGGCUGUCUGCCCACCUGCCCGGCUCCCCUUCCCAGGCAGCCCUCCCCCCGGCCCUGAGCUGGCCCUGCGGAUCUGUGCGGUGGUGUGUCGGACACAGGGUGACAGGCCCCUGCUGAGCAAGGUGGUAUGCAGCGUGGGCCGUGGGGACCGGCCUCUGCGACAUCAGAGCUCCUUGCCCCGGACGCUGGAGGCGGCGCUGGCCCAGUACGGCCUGGCGGAGCCUUCUCAGGUGGCAAUCGUGCGGCAGCGCGUCAAGGCGGCGGCCGAGGCGGCGCUAGCCGCCGUGCUGACCCUGGAGGCCGGCCUGAGCGCUGAGCAGCGCGGAGGACGCCAGGUCCGCGUUGACUUCCUCGGGGUGGACUUCGCCUUGACGGUGGCCGGUCGUGCGCUGACCCCCGUGGCCCUGGAGGUGAACGGAGGCCUGUGUCUGGAAGCAUGUGGCGCGCUAGAGGGGCUAUGGGCAGCGCAGCACCUGGGCCUGGCGGCCGAGGAGGCGGCGGCCGCGCCGCUGGUGGAAACGAUGCUGCGGCGUUCGGCGCGCUGCCUCAUGGAGGGAAAGCAGCUGCUGCUGCUCGGCGCGGGCGGCGUCAGCAAGAAGUUCGUGUGGGAGGCGGCGCGCGACUACGGGCUCAAGAUACACCUGGUGGAGUCGGACCCCAACCACUUUGCGUCCCAGCUGGUGCAGACCUUCAUCCACUUCGAUGUCACGGAGCACCAGCGGGACGAAGAGAACGCCCGGGUGCUGGCGGAGCUGGUACGGGCACGCGGCCUGCAGCUCGAUGGCUGCUUUUCCUACUGGGAUGACUGCCUGGUGCUCACAGCCUUGCUCUGCCAGGAGCUGGGCCUGCCCUGCAACCCGCCGGCCGCCAUGCGCCUGGCCAAGCAGAAGAGCCGCACCCAGCUGCACCUGUUGUGCCGCCGUGGCCCACCCUGGCCCGCGCCCUCCCUCUAUGCUGUGCCCUGCUGUCCACUGGAGAGUGAGGCCGAUGUGGACAGGGCUGUCUGCCAGGUGCCCCUGCCAGGCGUCAUGAAGCUGGAGUUCGGGGCUGGCGCGGUGGGUGUGCGGCUGGUGAAGGAUGCCUCGCAGUGCCGCGAGCACUUUUCCCGGAUCGCCCGAGACCUGCAGGGCGAGGCUGACCACCCGGGCAUUGGGUUGGGCUGGGGCAAUGCCAUGCUGCUGAUGGAGUUCAUCGAGGGCACGGAACAUGAUGUGGAUCUGGUGUUGUUCGGCGGGCGGCUGCUGGCUGCCUUCGUCUCUGACAACGGCCCUACGCGGCUGCCUGGCUUCACUGAGACCGCAGCCUGCAUGCCCACUGGGCUGGCCCCGGAGCAGGAGGCACAGCUGGUGCAGGCCGCCUUCCGCUGUUGCCUGGGUUGCGGGCUGCUGGACGGGGUCUUCAACGUGGAGCUCAAGCUGACCGGGGCUGGGCCGCGGCUCAUUGAGAUCAACCCCCGCAUGGGCGGCUUCUACCUGAGAGACUGGAUCCUGGAGCUUUACGGUGUGGAUCUGCUCCUGGCUGCGGCUAUGGUGGCCUGUGGCCUGCGGCCUGCCCUGCCCGCCCACCCCCGCGCCCGGGGCCACCUGGUGGGUGUCAUGUGCCUGGUGUCCCAGCACCUGCAGGCGCUGAGUUCCACCGCCAGCCCCGAGACCCUGCAGGCUCUUCACGACCAGGGCCUGCUGCGCCUCAAUCUGCUGGAGGAGGCCCUGGUGCCUGGCGAAUACGAGGAGCCCUACUGCAGUGUGGCCUGUGCUGGGUCCAGCCCAGCCGAGGCCCGUCACCGCCUGCUGGGCCUCUGCCAGGGCCUGGGCAUCGAUGGGCCCCACUACCCCGUUGCCUACUUCUUGUCCCACUUCAAAUAGCGCUGGGGCCAGAGGGCAGGGGCAAAGUGCUGGAGGGGGGCGCUGUGGUACCCCCUGCUCCCUGGAGCUCUCCCUGCUUCUCUUCCCGCGGCCCCGCCCC